AUGACCAAGUCUAUUAUAGACACAACUCCUCCAGCCUGGCGAACUCAAGAUCCUUAUAAAUUAUUUGGCCAUUUAUCAAGCAGGUUAUGCAAUACAGGAAGCGGACAAAUUCAACUUUGGCAGUUCUUAUUGGAGCUAUUAUCAGACAGUCGUAACGCCACGUGUAUAACGUGGGAAGGAACAAAUGGCGAGUUUAAACUUGUUGAUCCCGAUGAAACGGCAAGAAGAUGGGGAGAACGGAAGAGCAAACCAAAUAUGAACUACGAUAAACUUAGCCGAGCUCUAAGAUACUACUAUGACAAAAACAUUAUGACCAAAGUUCACGGGAAGCGAUAUGCGUACAAGUUUGACUUUGCUGGUUUGGCACAGGCUAUUCAACCGUCGACGCCAGAUCCCACACCAUACAGACACCAAGAUCUCUUUUUCCCCGGAUACACAGGCUCGAAAAUAAAUUUUACAAACCCGUAUUCACCCGUCCCUCAAGUCACGACAGGAUUCCUAGGUUCACCGGGAAAUUACUGGUCCGGACAUAAUACCAACAUGUACCCCAAUCUACAAAACCCCGUAUUACAGAAUACUUCCAGUCACGUGACACCACAUAUCGGUUCCUGCUAUGCAUAAAGACAUUAUUUAAAAUGGUUGUUUUAUUAUAAACAUUUGUAUACAAAAAUCGUGUAAAUAUAUGUGUGUAAAUAGUUAUUAUAAAUUGAAAAUAGAAUCUGUUUAGAUCUAAAUCAUA